AUGUUCAUAAUUAUCUAUCUAUUUAUAUCUUAUUCUAUUAAUAUCUAUCUAUCUAUCUAUCUAUCUAUCUAUCUAUCUAUCUAUCUAUCUAUGUUCAUAAUUAUCUAUCUAUCCAUCUCUGUUCAUAUCUAUCUAUCUAUCUAUCUAUCUAUCUAUGUUCAUAAUUAUCUAUCUAUCCAUCUCUGUUCAUAUCUAUCUAUCUAUCUAUCUAUCUAUCGAUCUAUCUAUCUAUCUAUCUCAGUCUGUUCAUUUCUUUCUCUGUUCAUAUCUAUCUAUCUAUCUAUCUAUCUAUCUAUCUAUCUAUCUAUCUAUCUAUCUAUCUUUAUCUUAUUCUAUUCAUAUCUAUCUAUCUAUUUCAUUUCAAUCUCUUUCUAUCUAUCUAUCUAUCUAUCUAUCUAUCUAUUUCAGUUUCUUUUAGUAUCUAUCUAUCUAUCUAUCUAUCUAUCUAUCUAUCUAUUAUAUCUAUGUUUCAGUCUAUUUAUCUAUUAUCUAUCUAUCUAUCUAAAUCAGUCUGUUCAUAUUCAUUCAUCUAUCUAUCUAUCUAUCUAUCUAUAUAUUAUAUCUAAAUCUAUAUUCAUCUAUCUAAAUCAAAAGUCUGUUCAUAAAUAUCUAUCUAUCUAUCAUUUCAAAGUCUGUUCAUAUCUAUCUAUCUAUCUAUCUAUCUAUCUAUCUAUCUAUCUAUCUAUCUAUGUUCAUAAUUAUCUAUCUAUCCAUCUCUGUUCAUAUCUAUCUAUCUAUCUAUUAUUCAGUCUGUUAAUAUCUAUCUAUCUACCUACCUAUCUAUCUAAGCCUGUUUGUUUAUCUAUCUAUCUAUCUAUCUAUCUAUCUAUCUAUCUAUCUAUCUAUCUAUCUCUUUAUAUAUAA